GGAAAACAAGGCUAACUUGUAGGACUAUCAGGUAGUUAGCAAUAGUUCACAGGGAAUCGCGGGGAGAUGUUCUGUCGGGCGUGGAACGUGGACGUCCUACACUGUUCUUGCCAAGCCACCAGGAACCAAGAAGACCGCCUGGCGGAGACAAUCGUCAGGGCAUCUUCCAUCAGCAUACCUCACUCAUGCCACCACGAUCCUAUGUACACCCGUUAUCGAUGACAGCGAUGCGCUGAAUUCCUGAACAACAUGCGCGCACUUUCGAAUGCCCUAGACCCCGGAGAAACCGAGCCAGACGCCAUCAGCUUAGAUGAACGAACGCUAUGUGAUGAUGAUGAGUCCAGACAGUCUUCAGAAGUUUCGGAAGGGGAUCAUGACAUUUUAGAGUCUGAAGAUGAGAGAGAGCGGUUGUUGGUGAAGCACAAUGCGGUUUCCGGACUGUUUGGGAGGCCGAAAGUAAAGAUUGGUGUGAAGGAUGAGCUAUCGCCCGCCUCCAACAAGCGGCAGCGACGGACUAAGGGAGGGAAGAACGGGGAGGCUAGCGCACUUAUGUAUGACACAGAGGAGGGAGUCGGCUCGUCAGAAACCAGUUUAGGAGAACAAUCCUCCGAUUUUGACCAGCAGCGCUUGCCAGCAGGCAGGUCCCAGAGAAAGUCACGACGGUCACAAAUAUUCCGACGCUUAGCGAUAUACGUAGCUAUCAUCAUCCUUUUCGUGGUUCUCCUGGCGGUCGCCUACCGACUGUCCAGUACCACUCCUAAGAGACCGCUCCCGACCAUGGUGUCCAACGGCACUUCACUCUUCGCGCCUACAACAAUCUUGAUAUCUCUGGAUGGAUUCCGCGCAGAUUUCCUCUACCGCGGUCUCACCCCGACUCUGAAGGGCUUCAUCGAGGAAGGCAUUUCACCCAAAUAUAUGCUCCCGAGUUUUCCGAGCGUCACCUUCCCCAACCACUACACCAUGGUUACUGGGUUGUACCCAGAGGCACAUGGAGUGGUUGGAAAUAGCUUCUGGGAUCCGUCUUUGAAGAAGGAGUUCUAUUAUACCGAUCCAAGCCGAAGCCUACAGCCUUAUUGGUGGGGAGGUGAACCGGUCUGGGCCACCGCAGAGAGACAGAACGUCAGGUCCGCAGUACACAUGUGGCCUGGCUCUCAAGCACACAUUGGCAAGUUUGAGCCUACCUACGUGGACAAUUACAAUGGAUCGGAGCGUCUGGCAUUGAAAGUGGACCGCAUUUUUGAAUUGCUGGAUCUCCCAGGUCCGCAUGAAAUGGCCAACAAUGCCCGACCGCGGCCUCAACUUAUUGCGGCAUAUGUCCCGAACGUGGAUGGUGAUGGCCACAAGUAUGGGCCAAAUUCGACUGAGAUUCGGGAAACCAUCAGGAACGCUGAUGCAAUGCUCGGCUCCAUUCUGCAAGGCCUUCAUGCACGUAACCUAACCCAUAUCGUAAAUGUAGUGGUCGUCUCGGACCAUGGCAUGGCUACUACUGAUGUGGAGAGGCUAAUCCAGUUGGAAGAUCUCAUAGACCCUGAGGAGCUGGAGCACAUCGACGGCUGGCCUCUCUACGGUCUCAGGCCUAAAAAUCCCAAAGAUCUUGAACGUCUACAUCGCCAGCUCGUGGAAAAAACGAGGGACAAUCCCAAUGUGGACGUUUACUUGCGGGACAAAGACAUGCCCGAGCGGUAUCACUUUUCCAAGAAUGAGCGUAUCGCGCCAUUAUGGAUCGUUCCCAAGACAGGCUGGGCUAUAGUAGACAAGUCCGAAUUCAACAUCGAAGAAGCAAAGAAGACAGGCGAGGUUUACCAUCCACGGGGUCUUCAUGGUUAUGAUUUCGAACACCCUCUCAUGCGAGCGAUCUUUGUGGCGAGAGGUCCGGCAUUUCCACAUAAACCGCACAGUCGUGUUGAACCCUUCCAGAAUAUCGAGCUUUACAAUAUCAUCUGCGAUUCCAUUGGGAUCGAGCCGGCUCCGAACAAUGGAACGCUUAGGUUACCUUUGAGACCCGUCGGGCUCCACACAGACCCGGAAACGCCGCCAGACGAGACACCGGCAGACCCAGUGCAAUCAUCUAGCUAUCAGGCGUCCACUACUCUUGGUUCGUUCGCAAGCCUCGCAGCAUCCGCAUCUGGUAUGGAGGAAUCGCCAUCCUCAGCCCAUAAUAUUGAUGCCGCUCCGACGCCAACGAUGAGUGCUCCACCGGCCGCUUCAAGUUCGGCAGAAGAGACUUGGUGGCAGUGGUUCACUCAUAAGGCGGAACAUAUUGGGGAAUGGGUAGAGAAUUUUGUUCACAAGCAUGUGCCAGGAGACGGGAGGAUUGACGGGGAUGAAGGGGCUGCAUCAAAACCAUCAUGAAGAAGACGGGUAGUCGGCUUGCGAGGCGUUUCGGUGACUUUCAGUUUUCAGUUUGAUACCCUAUGACGAACACAUACAUACUUCUGGCCGCCUUGCCAUGGGCCAAACAUGCAUCCUGAC